GGAAAGUGUAUUAUUGGCUCGUUAUUAAUAGUUGGGCGACUGUCAGGUGACCAGUGGGGGUGGUAUAAGGCUGUAAAUGACCAUUAUUGUGACCACUCUGACCCAAUCAUCAGGCGCAUCCCUGGUUUUAGGGGGUAACAUUCCCAGGGGGAGCUGGCUUCCCGUGACCCAAGGCGAGUCGGUAAGGUAUUGGGCCUUACCAGCAUUGAUUUCCAGCUUGGACAGCAUCAGCAACUGGCAAAAGUUGAGUUGUCGACAACUAGUCCAACUAAUGAGUAGUUACCCAAAGGCAAGGCCAGUUGGUGAAAUGACCGCCUCAGCCUCGUACCGCCACAUCACCCAGGCUCUUCGGCCAGACGAGAAAGGAGAGUGGAUUCAGCCUGUCUGUCCAACUCUCCAGCCACAGUCUCCUGAGGGCAUUGCCUGAUGACUUGACGGGCGGUGCCGAGGGAAGCCUGCCUGCCUGCCUGUCUGUCUGUUGCUCCCAGGCACUUUGUUUCCCAGGCUCUCUGACUCC